AUGUCGGCCACCACAGAUCUUCCCAAGGCCCCGGCGGACGCCUCGAAGGCCGCUCUUGAUUCUGCCGUCAAUCAGACAGUCAAUGGCACCACAGACGCUGGCGCUUCUUCUGACGAUGUCGCCACUUGCUCCAACAAGGAUGCAUCCAACGCAUCCGAAUACCGCACCGUCUUCCAAGACGCCAACAACUUCAACGUCAAGCACCCGCUCUACAACCGUUGGACGCUCUGGUUCGACAACCCGUCGCAAAAAGGAAUGGCUUCCGCUCGUGGUACCAAAGAAUCCUGGGGUGAUGACAUGAACAAAGUCGUCGACUUGGACAGCGUCGAAGAGUUCUGGGGUCUGUACAACAACAUUGUUCCUCCCUCUGAACUUCCACAAAAAGCCAACUACUAUCUGUUCAAACAAGGCGUCAAGCCUGCUUGGGAAGAUCCGGCUAACACAAACGGUGGUAAAUGGUCGAUUCAAUUGCCUCGUGACAAGACCCGAGCAGCUAUCGACAGGUUGUGGUUGUACACCAUGUUGGCUGCGAUCGGUGAGACUUUGGAAGCUCCCUUCCCCGACGGUGUUCCUCCUUCCAGCAACAGUGCGGAGGACGAGUUGGUGACUGGUGUUAUCAUGAGCGCUAGGGCCAACUUUUACAGAAUUGCAAUCUGGACAAGAAAAGCAGAGGACACGGAAGAGUUGGCAGCAAAGUUGUUGGAUAUUGGCAAGCAGUUCAAGGUCAACGUCUUGGGUUACGAUAUCGAUGCCAAGAUCGGAGCCGGUUUGACGAGCGACGUCGAGUUCCAGAGUCACAAGGAGAGUGAGAAGAAGAAGGGUAAGAAGACUAUUGUCUAA